AAUGGUCAUUAAAUAUAUUAGUAUACAUUACUGCAAUAACAAUGGCUACUUUUACCAAUGAAAACGCAAAAAUUAAGUGCCAUAGCGUACCUAAUUACCGUAAUUCAUUGAACAACAACUGUAUAAUGCCGAUUCAUUACAAUCUGGACAUGAUAAUGUUACCAGGAAAAUUACUAAGUGGCGAGCUGAAUGUCACUUUUUAUAUUAAUUGUAAAAUAUCAAAUAUAACUCUACAUACUACAAGAUCCAUGCUUAUAAUGAUGUUUAGAUCGCCUAAUGGAACAAUCUAUAUUCCAAAUUCUGAUUAUUCGGAGAAUUUUGCUACUUUCAAUUUCAUUAAAUAUUUAUCGCCUGAAAAUACACACUUAGAUUGUGGAGUUUAUACAAUGUACGUGAAAUAUGAAAUCAUAUUUGUUCAUCGGCAUUAUGGAAUGUACUAUAUAAAAAGAGAAGAUAGAAGAGAUAAAGAGUUUCUAUUCGCAACUUUACUUCAACCGAGAAAUGCUCGACAAUUAUUUCCGUGUUGGGACGACCCAAAUUAAAAGCAACUUUUAACAUCACCGUCAAAUUCGAUACGAAAUACAGCCGCUUCAGCGACUUUUCGGACCUAUAUUUUUCUCGCUUAU